AUGACCUUCCCACUUCCCAUUCGCAACAUUCGCGAAGUCUGCCUCGAACUUCUCUCCCCAGAGGAAAUUAAGGCGCACUCUGUCGUCGAAAUUGAGCAUGCGGAAGAUAUAGACGAGGCUGGUGAUCCCCGUUUGGGCCCCGCAAACUAUGACUCCGCGUGCCACAGCUGUGGCCGGAAACGACCACAUUGUCCGGGCCAUUUCGGCCACAUCCAGCUCGCGCGUCCUGUUUUCCAUCCUGGCUUCCUUUUCAUGGUGAAGAAGAUUUUGGAGAGCAUCUGCUUGAACUGCGCCAAGCUCAAACUAGACGUUACCCUUGCGGAGGAGAUUGAACGAAUUGGCGACCCCAGACGCCGCAGGAACGCUGUUUGGCGACACUGCAAGACCAACAUGCUCUGUGAGGCGGGGUAUGACGAGAGCGGAUGUGCACACCCACAGCCACGAAUUUUGAAACGGGGCCUCCAACUCUGGAUGAGCCAGACGGAUAAUGAACCACGCGCCAUUUCUCCCUCACAAGUUCGCCAGAUCUUGCAGAAGAUAUCAAAUGACGACCUACACCUGUUGGGGUUGUCGGGUACUCGCCCCGAAUGGAUGGUUUUGACCGUAUUACCGGUUCCACCAUCACAAGUCGACGAAGGCCAUGAUCGUUUGGCGCGCAAGCUUUCUGCGAUUGUUGAGGUGUCUGCCGAGUUGAGACGAUGCGAGAAAGACGGCCUUUCUACAGAGCAGUUGGAGAAACUCCUUCAAUUUCAUGUCACCACCUACUUGGACAACGAACUUGUCAGGGUUCCCCAAACUUUGCGCUCUUCUCAUAUGAGCUUGCGGACCCCGAGUGUGAUUGCCAAUGGACAGAGCGAUAUGAAGAGGGUUGAAUUUGCGGCUCCGCCGGUCAUAACUUCCGACCCCAAUCUCGAACUAAACGAACUUGGCGUUCCUUCAAAUAUUGCCAUGGAUAUAAUGUAUCCAGAACGCGUCACGCAAUUUAAUAUUGGCCAACUGCGAAAUGUCGUCGGCAAUGGCGGGGCUUGCUGUCUUGUCAGGGAGACAGGUGAACGUAUCGAUCCAAGGCGCGAUAUGGUGGUCGUUGACAUUGGUUGGGUUGUCGAGCGAUAUUUGAAGGAUGGAGACUUUGUUCUAUUUGGCCACUGUCGUCAUAGGGAACAUUUGCAAAGCUACAAAGUCAAACUCUUGCCCUUUUCCACGUUCCAUCUGAACCCUGUAACAUUAUCGCUACUGGGCUGCCUUGACGCGGAGGAAAUGGAAAUUGAGAUGCAUAUCCCGCAAGACAUUAAGUCGCGAGCCGAACUAACUCAAAACUUGUGGGCUCCGCGUCCAUAUCAGCUGGCUCGAAGCAACAAGGCAUUCAUCGCAACGUGGCGGGAUACUAUCUUGGGCCUUCGAAAGCUUGCCCUUCGUGACACCUUCCUCGACUGGAGCGAGGUCCAAAACCUAGUGCUGUGGAUUCCUCAUUGGAACGGUACUAUCCCCGUUCCCGCUAUCGUCAAACCCAAGCUACUUUGGUCCGGCAAGCAGAUACUUAGCAUGAUCAUUCCCCGCGGCAUCGAUUUCUACUCUCCCAGUUAUGAUAGCAACAGAAACAGUCCCGAGCUACUCGAUGUCGGCCUGCUGAUUGAAGACGGGAACAUGCUCUGGGGCACAUUCGAUGCGAAGUCACAUAGUAGGCUCUUUGGUGUCGUCUUUCUCGAGAAGGGCCCCGAUGCUGCUAGGGAGCUACUUUUCGGUCUGCAGCUGGUCACCAACCAUUGGCUCUUCCACACCGGGUUCACCGUUGGCAUUGGCGACCUCAUUCUUGAUAACGACACCAUGGUCGUGGUUACUCGGAGGGUUGAAGACUGUAAAAAUGAUGUUUCCCAGGACAUUGAGGACACCACGCACGAUCGAUUGCGGCGAGCUCCUGGCAUGACAAUCCGGGAGUCCUUCGAGCAAUUGGUUCAUUCACGCCUCAUUGUGGCCCGCGAUUCCUCUGGGUCAUUCGCACAGCAUCAAAUGAAGGCGACCAACAAUAUCAAACAAAUGGCUGCUACCAACUCGACUAGAUCCUUCAUUGACAUUGCGCGGAUGUCGGUUUGCGUUGGUCAACAAUGGAUUGAGAGCCAACAGAUUCCAGAGUGGAAGCAGAGUCAUGAGCGAAUCCCUUUCGGGUUCAAGAAUCGGACAUUGCCGCAUUUUAGUCAGGACGACUUCGGGCCAGCUUCACGUGGUUUCGUGGAAAGUUCGUAUAUUAAUGGUCUCAAGCCUCACGAAUUCUUCUUCUCUGCAAUGGCCAGUCGCAGCAGUUCGAUCGGUCAAGCCAACAGAACGGCGGAGAUGUUGCAUAUGAAGCGACAGUUGGUGGAUGCCCUCGAGGACUUGGUUGUCUGUUAUGAUGGGACGGUGCGGGACUCGGCGGGCAAUGUUUUUCAGUUCCUAUACGGAGAUGAUGGCAUGGACGUUGUCUUUGUUGAGCGACAAGAGCUUCCUACGUUUGCUUCGAGUGAUUCGGACUUCUCCGACGCCCAUCGCGUUCCUACAAUAGCGCUCAGUUCCCAUAACACUGCUUUCGCGCCAGAAGAGGCCAAAUAUGACGAAGAAUACCAGCAGCUGCUAGAAGAUCGACAGUUCUUGCAAAACGUCGUACUCCAGGCAAAUCAGACGGCAUAUUUCUACCUUCCAGUCAAUGUAGAACGCAUUAUCAACAACGCCAUUCGCACUUUCCGCAUCAACUCGCGAGAACCUAGUGACCUCGAACCGGUCUAUGUCAUCGACACCGUCAAGGCAUUGAGCGAGCGACUAGUUGUCGUUCACGGGGAAGGCUUGUUGAGUAGAGCAGCGAACGAGGAUGCCGUUUUGCUAUUUUGCAUAUGUUUUCGGUCGAUGCUCAUGAGUCAUCGUAUUGUAGAGGAACUGUGUUUAACUCGGGCGGCAUUCGACUGGAUAUUGGCGGAGGUCGAGUCCAGAUUUUAUCGCUCUGUUGUCAGUCCUGGCGAGAUGUGCGGUAUCCUUGCAGCAUGCUCAAUCGGAGCACCUCAAAUGGGCACAGAGCCGACAUAUGUUCCUGGUGCAUCGUUGAAGCCAAUUCUACUCGGCAUUCCUCGUCUCGAGGAGAUUUUCAACGUGGUACAUGACAUCAAGACACCUUCCCUCACAGUCUAUCUCGACCCUGAAUUGUCGAAAGAGCGGGUGCUUGCUCUGGGUGUCUUCCACCAACUCGAGUCUGUGCAUCUACGCGAUGUCGUGUCUGCUAUGGAGGUAUACUAUGACCCUGACCCAACCUCAACGAUUAUUGCGGAAGACUACAGCUUUGUCAGUGAUUUCUUUGCCAUUCCGGAUGCAGAACUCGAGUCUACACUGCAUCUGCACUCCCCUUGGCUCCUGCGUCUUGAACUGAAUCGGAUGAAGAUGGUUGGCAGGUUUACGAUGGCGUACGUUGCGAGUUGUAUUGCUCAGACCUUCAAGUCGGACAUGUCUGUGCUUUGGAGUGAAGACAAUGCGGACCAACUCGUCAUUCGGUGUCGGAUCGUGGGAGGAUAUGAAGAGGAAGAAGAAGACAUACUUCUCCAACAUUUGGGCAACACCAUGCUUGACUCCAUUCGUCUAUGCGGCGUCAAAGGGAUACACAAGGCUUUUUUUGAUGCAGUCCGACUUGAUCAAGCUUGA